ACUCUGGGUUUGACAGACACAAGAGACACAAUUUCUUACACAUAUUGAGCGACGUCAAGUCACAUAUAACUCAGUUGACAACAUAAACAUAAGUUUUGAAAUUCGCCAAAUUUGGUUUUUAGUUUCGGCCAGAGAUAGGAAAUCCUGCCAGCGAAGAGUGGCAGAAUGGAGGAGUAUUCGCGGGAACCGUGUCCCCAUCGCAUCGUGGAUGAUUGCGGCGGAGCUUUUGCCAUGGGCUGCAUCGGCGGCGGGGUCUUCCAUGGACUCAAGGGUUUCCGGAACGCACCACAAGGCAUUGGACGCAGGGUCGCCGGAAGUGUGGCAGCCAUUAAGAGCAAGUCUCCGGUGGUAGCUGGAAGUUUCGCCGCCUGGGGUGCAGUGUUCAGCAUUGUGGACUGCAGCCUGGUCCACCUGCGCCAGAAGGAGGAUCCCUGGAACUCGAUAGUGAGUGGAGCAGUCACUGGCGGAGUUCUGGCCUGCCGCAAUGGACUGGCUGCCAUGACAGGGAGUGCAAUUAUCGGGGGCGUACUGCUCUCAAUGAUCGAGGGUGUGGGCAUAUUGUUUACGCGGUUCGCGGCGGAUCAGUUCCGAAAUCCUGCGCCGCCGACCAUGUCUGAGUCCAAUGGAGGAUACGGCGACUUCGACUCCUCAUCCGGGCUUGGAUUUCCUGGUGCUCAGCAGGCCACUGCAACAAGCUAAAUUCCGAUUUUUGUUUUCUGGGGAUUUAAUUACCUAGUGCUUUUUUGAUAGGUUUCACACCGUCAGAUUUAGCAAAAAAAAUAUCUAUUUGAGAAUAAUCCAAGAAAAUAAAAUAUCGACAAUAAAUUCGUUUAAGCAACA